AUGGAUGCUUCAAAAACUACAAGUAAAACGAGCUCACUGAAGGCUUUGAUCCUAAAAGCUUGGAGAGAAAGAUGGACCGAUAUACAAUGGGGCAUAAAUAUCAAAACAAUUUUACCAAGGGGAGUCAGUGGCGACCUAUAUAAUUUAGCAGAUUGCAUACUUCAACAAGCCAUGGUCGGAUGUGGGGCUAAUCAACUGGUAAUAUCGUAUCUUAAGCAUUCUUUGGCUUCUCAUUUAGUAUCUUACGCGGCUGUUUUACAGAGAAUUGCCAAGUUUGAUGCAUUUCAUAAACCACAUUGUAUUUUAAGCCUUCUCGAGUUUUUAGAGAGCUUCCUAGAUAGUGUUACUUGCAGAGGUAAAAUGGAAGAAGAAAUUUUAGCAUAUGCUGUUUCAUCUAUAAUUUUGUGGCUGCUUCAAGUAUAUCAUUACUCUUUGAGUAAAUACCCAUCUUCUAAUCCUAUCCAAAGUCAAGAAUUACUAGAAAAAUCUACAUCACUAUUGAAUUCAAUUGUUCAUACAGACUUUUUGCUGGCAAUGUUUUAUUUGGCAAAACAAAAUGAUCCCGAGGAGUAUAAUGAAGUCACGAAGAAAUGUCAGGAGAUAACAGCUUUUAUGAUGAUGAACACACAGUUUAAAGCGCCUGUUACAAUUCAUGAGACGUUGCAAAAGAUUUGUAACAUGGCUAUUGACAAAAUUGCUCCUCUUAACAACAAACCUGAAUCUGUGACACAUUGCCUUCAAGCUCUUGUUGCAAUUAAUGUUUUAGCUAAUCCAAGUGCGGACAUGCAACAAUUUUCUAGCCAAUUGCUUAUGGUGCAGAGAAUAAAAGGCUAUACAUUGUCAAGGUUAUAUUGUGAACUUAUAAGAGCAUGUUUUAUUUCCUUAAAUGACUCAAGUAAAGAUGCUUCUAAGCAAGCCCUGUGGGCAGCAUUUACAUUCCUAAAAGUACCUCAGGUAAUAAAUUAUAUACAUAACAUGUGUGGAGCUAGCAAUAAAGAAGGGGAAUACGCCUUAGAAGUGGUUGAAGCCUUUGAAAAGUUACUGCAAUCCACACCUUUACUGGAUGUAGUUGACACUAAAAAUUCUUGUAAUGGUCUUGUUUCUCUUCUAGAACCUUUAGUAAAGUUAAAUUUAGUGUCUGAAAACCAUUUGUCAUAUUUCAAACAAAAGCGUGAAACUAAGGAUAUUAAACUUCAGAAAUUAGAACCCACUGGUCUUCAGGGUUCAGUGCCAUCAUUCAUGACUCGUGCCGAACCUACAUUGGCUGGCAUUUUGAAAACAAUGGGUGGAGAUUUUCACAAAACACAAGAGUCUUUAUAUGCAAUGUUAUGUCAAAUUGUUGGAGGCACUACAUUAGACACAAUCUUAGCUGUGGCAACUGUCGAAGGUAAACUUAAGUUAUUUGUGUCUAGACUUAUAAAAUUCAAUGAAUUUGCUUUAUUAGCUGCAAGUGAAAAGGGAGCAUCUCAAUCAAAGGUUUAUAUUUUUGAUAUUUCUUUCUUAAUUCUCUGUUUCAUUGUGCAAGAUUAUGGAAUUGAGGCUGUUUUAGAAGAUAAUGGAGAUUCAUUCUUUGAACAAUGGGUUCGUGACUGUAUGGUCCAUAAAGGAGUGCAUAAAUCACCUGACCAAAUACUUCAAAAAUGUGAUCCACAACUUGUGGAUAUUUUUAUUCAUCACCUAAGUGCUCCCGACUUUGAUUUUAAGAAUACUAACUUGAAGCCUCAUGAUCUAUGCAUGAAUGUUAGUGGUGCUGUUAAAGAGAUAUUAUUUGCAUGGGAACAUGGUUCUAUUUCAUCUGCAGAUGUCAAAAGAAUGUUAGAUUCAUUGAGGCAAAAAAUGGCAUCACUAGCUGUUUGUGCCUCAGUUUGGUUGUGCUCCUAUAUCAAUGUUGUGCACCAGGAUGCAUUUUUGAAGCCAAUAAACAUGGUACAACAAUUUUUGGCACCACCAACAGAGGUUGAACUAGCCCAGAUUGACAACUUUAAAGAGAGAGCUAUGUUAAUGUGCCAAAUAAUCCGAAAAAUGCAAUAUGACAUUCACCCACCUUCUGUUCCAAAGUCUAAAGUUAUAACAUUUUCACAUAACAUUAUUUCACGUCAACCAAUUCUAGAGCAGUUGCAAUCAGUUUGGGAAGACAUAAAGUCUAGAGGAUAUUUACAUAUAGAUGCUACACAUAUCAUUCAAAGCUUGCUAAACACAGCAGGACCUGUUUGGUUUGUCACAAAUCUAGUAAAGGAGACCCUUAAAUUCCGAUAUCAGGAAGAUUUGGACAGAUCUGUGGAUAUUGUACUUGCCAUGUUUCAUUUGGAUAUUGAAAGUUGUACUGAGGCAUUGCUGUUACAUGUGCUACCUCAAUAUUUGUACAAUGCUAAAUUAUGUGAAGAAUUAGUUGAACCACAAUCUGCAGUGUUGGCCAAACUGUCAGUAUAUUGCAUUUAUGCUGCACUUGAAUACAGCAAUUCAAAUAAAGCAACAAUCUCUAGAAAACGUCGACAUGAUGACAAUGAAGAUUUGGAUGCUUUGUGUUCAUCAAGUAAAGUUCGACGAUUAAAUGAUAAUUCCUCUGAUAGUAGUUCCAUGUACUAUUCUCAAGGACAAAGUGUUUCAGGAGCAAUUUUAAAGGAACCUUUGCAAUCUGCAUUAGAAUUGCUCUACAAGUCAUUUUCUCAAUUGGCUGGGAAAAAUGGUGAUGUUACACCUCAGACCUAUUUCAUUUUACAAUUUUUGGUAUACAUGGUUCAAUGUGGUCAUGAAAGAGCACAAGUUGUAUUACAAAAGAUGCCUAGUGAAAUUGUUCCAACCUUGAUUAAGGCUCUUCCUGACAGUUUUAAUAUUGGCUUAAUUUUAAGGCUCUAUGAUUUAUCUGUUCCCUAUGGCAGGCGAGAUACUGCCAGAGAUCUUUGUCUUUUGCGAAAUAUGCGUUUACGACCUGAUUAA